AUGCCAACGCCGAGCACAGGGUCUCCACCCGCCAGUGCCAUUGGCCUUGUUAAGACCGCGGACGUCGAGCAGCACCAGCCUCAGAAGCCCAAGAUCCAUAACAUCUACGUCUACAACAUCCCCCCUGGCGUCCGUUGGCGCGAUGUCAAGGGAAUCCUAACCCCAUUUGUCCCAGAGAGCUCAGUGCUACACAUCCAGAUCUUCGACGACACGAGCACUGCGUGUGUCUCGCUCAACUCGGCGCAGUGCGCUGAGACGUUGUUGGAGCAACUGGACGGCUUCUUCUGGAACGGAUACAUCCUGACGACCAAUCCGCCACUGUCACCACCUCCUCCUCCAAUGCUUGAGCAGAGUGCGCUUUUCGUUCCGCAGUAUUUCCACCCAUCGCCAGAGCUGCUGAGCUACCGCCCGUCACCGCACAUGGUCGCGCCGAGUUUGCAGCACGUUACCGGCCCCAGCGUUAGUGCGCUGCCGCCGUCUGCGCAUCAACAUCCUCCGGUGCAAGGGCACCCACCAGCGCCUACGCAAGCACAGUUGCAACAGCAACGGCAACAGCAGCGGCAACAGGAGCAACAGCAGCGGCAACAACAGCAACAACAGCGGCAACAAUACCAAUAUCAGCAGAAGAAUCAGCAGUACCAGCAGCAGAGGACGCCGCUAUCACUAUCGCCGAGCGAGGUCUACCCUAUGGGACCAAUCCCGCAGAUGAUGGGCCAAAUGCCAGCGAUGAUACCUCCAAUGGGACACCCGUCACUGGCAGUGCGGUCCCCAAUGGUGGGCCAAGUAGGCUAUCAGAUGCCACCAGGCACUGCAACAGUUCCCCCUGUCCAUGGGCUGAACAUGCCUAAUACCUCCCCCAGUACGGAAUCGCCUAUGGCACAAGGUGCUAACCCGCCGUAUGGUUAUUACUACAUGAACUCGUACUACGAGCCGCCAGGACCAGUGCCGCUCUUCUCACCGCGUGCCAUGUCUAUGUAUACGGGGACAUAUUCAGAUACAUCCACUGCUGGAAGCGUUAGUGGCCAAUCCACGCCAAAAGCUUCAUACGGGGGCAUACAACAUCCAGAGCAGAGACGAACACCGGUCUCUGCAAGGCAUCUGAUGAACCUUCAUCAGUACCCGUACCAUUCCAUCACUGACAUUGGAACAGACACCGUCCAGGACCCUAGAAGGCUAUUCAUUGGGAAUAUACCCUAUGAUACUGAAUGGAUGGCUUUGAAGGACUUUCUUCGCCAAGCAGGUAACAUCGGGCGUGUCGAGAUAGUCAAAGAUGCCCAUGGAAAUUCACGAGGGUUUGCAUUGGCAACCUAUGAAACAGAAGAGGACGCAGAUAGAGCCGUGAACGAUUUAAAUGGUGCAGUAUUCGAAGGACGUCAGAUAACGGUACGGUGUGAUAAAUAUGCAAAGAAACCUCGUGCACAGCUUACAACGACGCCAAUGGUGCAGCCAGACGAUACCUCCAAUGAGGAGGAUAAUAACGAGGAGCACCAUUCAAAUGACAUCCAAAGCAACGAACCUGAGGAUGCCAUUCCUGAGAGAAAGGUCCCGGUUGUUAUGGAUACAACCACUGUGAUCAAGAAGGAAUCGAAUAUAGUGAAGACAGAGCAAUCUGAGCCCACAGUACAUGAUGAUAAACGAUAUGAGAAUGAGGCCAGAAGACUCAUUGAAAGCCUAAGUUUGAAAUGA